GUUUUGUCUUUCCGUAAGGGCUUUUGGACGUUUGACAUGGAAUGUUAUAAAAAGUACAGAAAAGUCUGGGGCCUUUAGGUCCAGUGGGAUUUAUGAAAAGUGCCAUCACUGUAGCUGAGGAUGAAGAAUGGAAGAGAAUACGGUCAUUGCUCUCUCCAACUUUCACCAGUGGAAAACUCAAAGAGAUGGUCCCUAUCAUUGCCCAGUAUGGAGACGUGCUGGUGAGAAAUCUGAGGCGGGAAGCAGAGACAGGCAAGCCUGUCACCUUGAAGGACGUCUUUGGGGCCUACAGCAUGGAUGUGAUCACUAGCACAUCAUUUGGAGUGAACGUCGACUCUCUCAACAAUCCACAAGACCCCUUUGUGGAAAACACCAAGAAGCUUUUAAGAUUCAAUUCAUUAGAUCCUUUCUUUCUCUCAAUAAAAAUCUUUCCAUUCCUUACCCCAAUUUUUGAAGCAUUAAAUAUCACUGUGUUUCCAAGAAAAGUUACAAGUUUUCUAAGAAAAUCUGUAAAGAGGAUAAAAGAAGGUCGCCUCAAAGAGACACAAAAGCGCCGAGUGGAUUUCCUUCAGCUGAUGAUUGACUCUCAGAAUUCGAAAGACACUGAGUCCCACAAAGUUCUGUCUGAUCUGGAGCUCAUGGCCCAAUCAAUUAUGUUUAUUUUUGCUGGCUAUGAAACCACGAGCAGUGUUCUCUCCUUCAUUAUAUAUGAGCUGGCCACUCACCCUGAUGUCCAGCAGAAACUGCAGAAGGAAAUUGAUACAGUUUUACCCAAUAAGGCACCACCCACCUAUGAUACUAUGCUACAGAUGGAGUAUCUCGACAUGGUGGUGAAUGAAACGCUCAGAUUAUUCCCAGUUGCUAUGAGACUUGAGAGGGUCUGCAAAAAAGAUGUUGAAAUCAAUGGGAUGUCCAUUCCCAAAGGGGUGGUGGUGAUGAUUCCAAGCUAUGUUCUUCAUCAUGACCCAAAGUACUGGACAGAGCCUGAGAAGUUCCUCCCUGAAAGGUUCAGUAAGAAGAACAAGGACAACAUAGAUCCUUACAUAUACACGCCCUUUGGAAAUGGACCCAGAAACUGCAUUGGCAUGAGGUUUGCUCUCAUGAACAUGAAACUUGCUCUAAUCAGAGUCCUUCAGAACUUCUCCUUCAAACCCUGUAAAGAAACACAGAUCCCCCUGAAAUUACGCUUUGGAGGACUUCUUAAAACAGAAAAACCCAUUGUUCUAACGGCUGAGUCAAGGGAUGGGACCGUAAGUGGAGCCUGAUUUCCCUAAGGACUUCUGCUUUGCUCUUCAAGAAAGCUGUGCCCCAGAACCCCAGAGACCUCAAAUUACUUUGUGAAUAGAACCCUGAAAUGAAGAUGGGCUUCAUCCAAUGUAUUGCAUAAAUAACCAGGGAUUCUCUGCAUGUAUUGUGCUCUCUCAUGGUCUGUAUAGAGUGUUAUACUUGGUAAUAUAAAGGAGAUGACUAAAUCAGUGCUGGGGAAGUAGAUUUGGCUUCUCUGCUUCUCCACAGAUAGGACUAUCUCCACCACCCCCAGUUAGCACCAUUAACUCCUCCUGAGCUCUGAUAACAGAAUAAACAUUUCUCAAUAAUUUCAUCCACAA